UAGGUGUAAUCCGAAUGAAACCAAGAGAAAAUGAAAAAAUUGUAAUGUUAAAAGAUCCACACAUUAAACCCACAAGAAUUUCUAAAGUAAGGGUUGAACCAAGUACUUCUGAAGCCCUUCUUAGUCCUGCAGCUCUGGAAGAAAAAUAUAUGGACAUUAUUUUCAAUGAUGACACUUCUCAGCUAAGCUGUGUAGAAUGUACAGAGCGUAUUGAUGAUGAGCACUUUAGGAGAUGCUUGAGUUGUAGCCAGUGUCGAUAUGCCACUAAUUGUGGGAAAGCUUUUGUAGAGCAUAUGAUUGUUCACCACUCAAAACUAAAGAAGAAAAGACCUUCAUUGAUUAACCUGAAGCCUACUUACUGUCAAAGACCAAUGUUUUGUAUUUGUGGGUACAAUACCAUUAAUGGAAAUGAUCUUGCUCGCCAUUUAGCCAUUUGUCAUAAACGUUCCUGUUAUAUCAGUCGAGCCAAGGCAUUAGCAGCAACCAUUAAAAAAGAGGAAGCGACUAUUCAACUUCAACCACAAUCUGCUUUCUUCCCACCAUUGGUGGUAUUAGAUGAAAAUGAAGAAAAAUCCAUCAAUGAUAGUUUUGCUCGAGUUCAUACGCGGAGAAGCACAGCUACAUCUACUCAAGUGGCACUUGAAUCCUCAGUUCCUAUUUCCCAGAAAAUACUAAAUGUGUCAAAAGAAGUUACAAAACAAUCCACUGAUCAACCUCUACAUAUGCUCAAUGUCCUUGGUCUGGUCCGAAAAAUAGGAGAUGAUAGCAGUCACAGUAAUGGCACGUUAACAGAAACUACUGAAAAUGAAGAAAUAAAGUCUAACAAGUUAUUGUCUUCACCUGCUGGUGUGGAAAGUGAGGUAUUCAGUACUGAUAUUAAAAGUGAGGGUAAAGAAGAGAAAAUAAAGGUUGAAAAAAAAAGGGACUUCAGUCACUGAAAUAAUGGUUUCAAAUAUUUUUAAAAGUGAAGUAAAAAGCCCACUCACUGAUGCACUGUAUACAACUGUGGAUUCAGUUGAUUACCUUCUCUCAAGAAGGAAGAAAAAAGAGCAUAAUGUAAAUCUAAGUGAUUCUUCUUCAGUGUGAUCAGUUGUUUCUUCUCUAAUGUCUUUAAUAGUAUGGAUACAGAUGUAAAAGCAACAGAGUACUCUGUAUGCUACUUGGUCAUGAAGUGGAAGAAACAAAAUAGCUCAAUGGAACUUUAAAAUCAUUCUGAAUAACUUCAGACAGAAAUGGUUUUGCCACACUAGUUAAAAACAAAAUAUCAGCAUUUUCUCUAGGACUGUCAGCUUGUUAUAAUUCAGCUAUGACAGUUUGAAAACUAAUGAACCACUAACUGAUCACAUGACAUGUAUGUAUAUAUGGAUUCAAUUAUCAUGGUUAAUUACUGAAAGUUUACCUAGUUCUGACACUAAAUGUCUACAAUAAAUCAUGAAAAGCUUUCUUAUGUAUCUGAAAUCUAAAACAGUGAUUUUAUGGAAACAUGAUAAACCAAUCUCCAUAGUUUCAUUAGAGUUAAAUCAUAGGUAAAGUGAAAGAAGGUAAUCAAGUGUAAUUUGAUUUAUAAAAUGGUGCUUACUUUACUAAUUUACUGAAUUUUAUUUUAUACUAAAUUUUUUGUUAAAAGAAAAGCCAUUUUUUCAUUGAAUGGUCCUUCAUUCAUAUUUGGUAAUUUCCUUUAUGCCCCCUCCCCCUUUUUCUCAGAUAAGAAGUUAAGUAUGUAAAUUACUAAAGGAUAAUUCUUGUGUGUUAAUAUUAUAUUAAAAUACUCCUAAUUUUUAAAUAAUAGGUUUGUUUUGGUAUGCUUGAGAUAAAAUACAUUAGAAUGGUUUCUAUGCUGGCUGAAGAUUAGGUUAUUUGUAAAGUAAAAUUGUCUAUUGUAUUCCAGUGACAUAAUAUAUAUAAAACUAUUCCUAUAAGUAUGCUUCAAAAUUUUAGUGUUCUUAUACAUACACUAUCAUAUUUGACCAUAACGACUUCUACAAAAUAAGCUUCAUUAUGCAUUUUUUGUAAUUACUGAGAAUCUCAUUGUCAGUUUAUCCACAGACAAUUUGCUUACAUUUAGCUUCUUUUUCUCUAAUACAUAAAUCGUGGAACCUGUUGGAAGUUUAAAUUUCUGCAUCAAAUGCCAAUCAACUAAUAGUUUCUUACUCCAAUCUGCCAAAUCAAGUAAUACUCUGUAGAGAGCCUGGUUUAUUAGUAUUUGUGUUGGUUAAUGAUAUUGAUACAUCACAUGAACACUGUGAUGAUAGCAAUACCAGUAUACCAUUAGUACUGUUAACUACUCAGACUGAUGUAUUGAUAUCUGUGUUGAUGAAAGUAGGUAUAUCAAUAUUUUUGUUGAUAGGGAUAGGUGUAUCACUACUUCUGUUAAUAAAGAUAAGUAUAACAGUACUUGGAUUGAAAGAGAUAGUUAUACCGCUUGUUGUUUUGAUAAAGAUAUGUCAAUAUCUGUGUUGAUCGUAACAGGCUUGUGUUGACUAACAACACCGACAUAAUAAUACAAGUCUUAAUAGAGGAAGUACAUCUGUUAACUGUUGAAUCUUGUUCAUUAAAGCGUGUGUUAACAAACAAUGAUACAUCAAUACUUGUAUGAAAUAUAGUGACUGACUGGUUAUUAGUUUAUUAGACAUGUGUAUGUAAUAACUUUCCAUCAGUUAAUAUUAAAGGGGUUUUCUUUUGCCAAUAUUUAUUUAAUAAUAGUUUGUGUAUUAUCAUGUGCUUGAAUUUAUAAUUUUGAAUUUAGAUUAUAAUAUGAGGAUUAAAUAUAACUUCAUAUUUUACAAAAUGACACUGAUGAGUUUGGAGAAACUCAUAUUUUACUCUGGGGAACAUUGUAAAAUUUAAAUCAAUACUUGGUUUAGUCUGAUUAGUUAGUGCUUAAAACUUGUGGUAAUUUACUGUCUAUGCAAUAAAUUUUUUUCUGACAAUUUACGAGUUAAUGAAUGCAUACAUAAAAUUAAAAAGAAUAAAAUGCAAA